AUGAUGAAUUGGUUUAUGAAUUACAUCCAAGUUUUUCUGCAGUGCUUCCAGCAUGAUCAAGCUGCGGCAGAAGGAACCAAAAACCAGACGCCGAACGAUGUGCUCGCUUCCAUAGGGUUGGAUGCUUUGUCGCAGAUACCCAGCUACAGUAAUCCGUCUCAGUUCGGUUGUCUGACCUUCGCGGCAGCGCAUCCCAAGACUCGAUUGAUCUCCGAGAUUCUUUCGCAGGCUGCGACCUUCAAAAAUUUGUCUCUGUGCUGUGUGAGCGGCGACGUCGUACAUCGCCUUCAGUACGGAUUGCAGCCGACAGAAGACACGCAGCCCAUUGAAAAAAUCACCUGGUGGCUGAAUAAGUGCGACCUUCCUUUGAGCGUCGUGACGUGUGGAUCACGAUGGCGCACCAUCGCAUCAUUGCUUCCUCUGGCGCGACUGAAGAUGCUAAACAUUGAUGUGCCGGAAUCUGAUUUUACUCUUCCUGAUGUUGCUGCGCUCUCGAUCGAAGAGCUAACUUUGACCAACGCACCUCGCAUUGUGCUCGGCUCAGAGCCGUCUCAAAUGAUGCAUCUCCGCACACUGACUGCGGAAUCUUGCUCUGCCGUUGACGUUAAACUUCUUUUUGGCCUUCCAGCGCUGACGACGUUUUCCGUCUCAACCAACGAACGGACGGUCGAUAUGCAUAAUUUUUCAGCCUUCGCUCUUUUGGAGACAGUUAGGAUCAGAGGCGCGAAGUUGCAGAACCUUUUAGGCUUCGAACUCUGCGCGUCGCUCACCAGCGUAUUUUUUCCUCUCGGUCUCGAGUUGAAGAGUCUUUCGCCUCUUACCGCUGCACCUUCCCUGCGCUUCAUCGACGCGCAUGGCAGUGGCUUGCAAGAGGUCGGCGGCACUGCAGCCUGGCCUGCUCUUGAAACAAUCGAUGUUUGCCAUUGUAAGCACCUGAUGAGUCUGUCAGGUCUUGCGCAUGCUUCAUCUCUGCGCUCCAUUUACGCAGCAGGCAGUGGCAUUCGUGAAAUUACCGGAUUACAGAAAUGUCUGGAGCUUUCUUUCAUUGAUCUAGCGCAUUGUGUGUAUCUGACUACGCUGGCUCCAUUAGCUGGUACUCCUCAACUCCAGUUUCUCCGAGCUAACAACUCCUCGGUCAGUGAUCUCAGUGGACUCGGCAGUUGUCCGUCUCUCAGGCACAUCAAUGUGGAGUGCUGCUGA